UUGUUUUUUUUUUUUUUUACCAUCUCAACUAAGGCUUAAUAUAUCAGCGCUAGAUGUCUCAUUCUGAGCGGGAAAUCAAGAAAUUAGUCUGCUAGAACACAGAAAAAUGGAAAGAACUCUUCAACAAGUCAAUACAAUUUUAAACUUGGCAAAAUUAACAGAGUCCGAUAUAAAAAAAGAAAGUCAUGUUUUGCAAUUCAUUCCCCAGAUUUUAGACUCAAAGCAAGUGAAGUUAUUAGAAGUGAAUAAAGACACACUGGAGUAUAUCAAGAGUGGUGAAUGUCUGUUUAUAAAAGGUGGUGAAGAUGCUCACGUUGUAGUAUGUAGCAAUUCCAAAACAUUUGAAUUUAAAGAAGCCGAGACAUCAAAUAGUUUGCUUCUUAUGCCAUCACUGAACCAUGGAAAGCUUAUUGAAGCAACUGAAUCAAGGACUCUGAAAAAACAAGAAGUUUUUGGUGUCUAUCACACUUACUAUGAGAUGAGGCUUACCAAACCAAAGCUUCAAUCACUCAGAAAUGCUUUAGCCAAAUAUCCUUAUAAAGGGAAAAAUUCUGAAUUAAGUAAAGAUGCUGUUGGGUUAUCUUUUACAGAACUAAAAAAUAUUAUCCAAGCAAGUGAAGAGGAAAUCAUCAAUCGUCUUGAAGAAAUUCCUGCAGCUAAAAUAAGAGGGAAGUGGCGAUUGCUAGAUGUUGGCUUUUUAUUUGGUUGGGUUUCAUACCUAGAUUCCAUACUAAGGGAGAAACAACUUAGCCUAGAAGAAGUAACACCCCUUAAUGUUGAAGAUUGGAUGGGGUUGUACGAUAUUGCCGACGUCAAUUCUAAAUGCAUGUCGCUCUUCAUGGAAGUGGAUGAUGAUAGUCUCAAGUGGAAAUCUGCAGCUGUCUCUCAAUUAUUUGCUCUGUAUCUCUUGCCGGAAUUAAGAGCAUUUGAUAGCAAAGACUUUUUCACCGCCUGGCAACAGUCAAUGCCAGUGGGAGUGACGGCAAACGAAGAAGAUUUAAACGGCGUCGCCCUUGUUGACUACGAUUCAACUCCUUCGUUAGUUAAAUAUUUACCCGAGUUCGAAUUACCAGAGGAUAUCAACGAACGAUUGGACAUUUUGUUUCGUAACAGGACGAAAUGGACCUUACAAGCUAUUACACCUUAUGUCCAGCCACUGACUGAUAAUAAUCUGAAUGUUGCAGCAUUGCUGACAAAGUACGCAAGAUCUUCAAACAUCAAUGGCGUUAAGUAUUACAGUUCAAAAUACAUAACUCAAACCGAGUAAAAGGAAGCCCAAAAACGAUAGGUGCUGGAUUUUGUUUAUUGCUUCCAACAUAAUGUAACUUAUAAUUGAUCGAUCACAAUUACAUCCACAAUUGUUCCAUUAGAAA